AUGGAUGUUAUAGAAUUUUUGGGGAACACGCAAAAGAAAAACAUUAAAAAUUCCAUUCAACAAAGAAUACAAGAAAAAUUAAAAGAUUAUGAAAAAAAUUUAAAAAGAAGACAAAGGAGAUUAAGAGAUCUUUUGGAAGCCGACUAUAUCCAGUAUAAUGAAGAAAUUCUUUGGCUGAUUAAUGAACGGGUGAAGGAAUCUUUUCAGAAACGCAUUGAAUGGUUGAAUAUGCAACGUUUAGAAAGGGAAAGAGCUGAAGUGGAACUAUUGAAAUUGAAACAACAGCAAAGAGAAUUAGAAAAUUGCGAGAAAUGGCGUCAUUAUCAGACGAGAGAAUUGUUAUUAGAAACGAAGGAAUCGCAAUUAUAUCAAAUUGAGGAAAAGAAAAUGCGUCAAGAAAACGAAAAAUUAAUUGAAGACAUGUGGGUAACGGUCAUGGAUAGAGUAAGAAAAGAAAGGGAAUAUCAAGAAUAUUAUGAAAGUAAAUUACGUCAUGUCAUCUCUGGAUUGGAUCAAGAGAAAAAUCAGAAAAUUUCUCAAGAAUUCAAAGAAAUGUGUCUUCUUCAGAGUAAUCAACUGAAACAAGAAUCUCAAGCGGAAAGUCAAAGGUUUGCCCAAUUGGAUGCAAGAAAGCGUAAAGAUGAGAAGCUCUUGGAUGUGAUGAAAAAACAGCAGCAAACGAAAGAGCUGGAGCAACAAAUUUUAGAGAAUUCUCAAAGAGAAUAUUGUUUAAAACGCAACGAGUUGACCGAGGAUUUGAAACAACAAUUCGUAGACAAUCAAGAACUACUUAAUGAUUUGCAGGAACGUGAAAAAGAAAAGAUACGUAACAACGAAUGGCAUAAGUGUUACUUGGCAUAUUGUCUAAACGAAAAGAGAGAUAAGAUUAGAGAGGAAGCAGAAUUCAACGAAUUAUAUCGGGGAACUGGUUGUGUUUUAGUGGCCAAUAAAAAGCAGCCAUACAGUAAAGCUCAAAGUAGUAGUAAAGACUUAACGUUUAUUACAUCGGCUAUGUCAGAACUGUCGCGUCGACCUGAAUAUGGUACAAUGAUAAAUAUCGCUCUUUAUCACACAGUCGAUGUAUUUGCUCUAAAGUUGAACGUGGACAUCUCCGUUGAAAAUGUUUCAUUCCAAAGCGCCCGAUACGAAGCGUUUACCAGCGUCCACAAGAAUGAGGGAUGGUUAGGAGGUUUUACGCCUCCUGAAGUGUUAGGAUGA